AUGCCGACGCUGAAAAAACAAAACCGAUCAUCAUUGAGUGCUUUGAAUCAUCACGCAACAAUUAAACAACCACAAGCGCAAACCACAUCCUCAGCUCCUCUCAUGACUUCCGAUGAAGAACAACCACAAGGUCAUUCAACGAGUCAUCGUGUUGAUGAAAAGCCGACGAUCAACGGUGUAGCAAGCACAACACCACACCCACUGGGAAAUAGUGCCACUUUAAACGGUAGUAGCAGUUUGAGAAUAGCCAAUAUGGUUGGUGCAACCACCACUCAUCAAGCAAUAGCCUCACCAAGAGGAAGUUUAAAAGUAUUCUCCUCGUGGGUUAAUCAUCAGAUGCGGAGCACACAAUGGAUCAAUGAUUUGGCUCGUAAUUUUAAUCUGUUGGUUAAUCCGAAUCAUCAUCACCGUGAUGAUGAUAGUAAUGAACAUGAUGAUAAUGAUGAACAUUCAUUGUUACGACCACAACAAACACAAACAGAUCAUGAUCAUCCACAACAACAAUUACACAAAGGCUUUUCAAAUUCAUUUAUGCACAUGCUAAGACCACAGAAUCAGCAAAUUUAUUACUCUCCCGAUAAUCAUCAGAACGUAGAUAGCAAUCAUUUGGAGGAUCAAUUCGCAAAUGGUAAUAUAAGCAGUGCUCAAGAAAAUGAUGAAGAACCUCCUUUUGUACCAUCCGAAGGAGAGGAGGAUGAAGAAAGUUCAAUUAACAAUACUAUUAGUAAUGUCAAAAUAGAAAGAAAAGGCCUUCUUGGAAAACAUCACCAUCAUGCAUUGCCAUCGGGAAUUACACUUGAUCAUGAUGAGAACGUCAUGCAUAUUGAAAAACCUGCACCAUCAUUUAGGAAGAAUGUUUUAAUUUUGUUUGUGUUUGGUGCACUUGUGACGAGUCUUAUUUGUUACUUGCCAUUGAAUUUUCUCUCAGAAUGGAUGGAAGAAAACGAGAAUAUGACCCUCACAUUUACUCUACUGUUGAAUUUUCUCUAUUUUGCAAUUAUUGCAUGUUACUUAUUUAUUUUAUUCUAUGUGCUAAUGUACAAGUUGGUUUAUUGCAAAUUAUUAUUGACCUAUGUGGUGACAGAUAAGAGACUAUUUAUUUGUCGAGGUUAUUAUCCAUUGGAAAAUCUCUUUCAAAAAUUAUCGAGCAGAAUGUCGUGGAGUAUUUUGGAGCGUGAAGAACCAAUCAUGUUCUGGUCAAUGAAGGAUGAAAUUGAACACCUUUAUUUUACUCUCGAUAUCAAUGAUCACACAGCAUCAAACAUGUCCAAGGCAGAUAAGGAUUGUGUUGGAAGUAUAUACUUUGGAUACAGCAUUGAUCGUGUAUUUUUGCCCUUCUCAGUAGUCACAGAGAUUAUUCAUGCUGGUUUUGUUUCAAUCCCAAAUGUUUAUUCGAUGCUUGAUAGAAUCAUUCUCCAAUGCAACAAGUUAGGAAAUUAUUCAGUGCAACGCGCUCGACUGCUCAACGCCUCAGAUUCAGAAUUAAAUCCACGAGUGUUCGAGAAGAAAUAUGCACUCUGUGGUUUGCCUCUCAUGUUCUGUUUCAAGCAAUCACAUUCUGGUAGAAAGCUCGGUAAAAUAACCAAGGAAGAGUUAAAUAUGGUGAAUUAUGUGUGA